CUUCCUCAAGUAAUUUAUAAAUGAUGUUCAACAUGGUCAAUCUUCGAAAAACAACAGCAAUCGAAAAAAUAACAACAGAAUCAGAUUUGGUGAUGUGUAUAAAAACAAUGGUUAAUGCGUAAAAUACGUGGAUGUUGUCAAUAAUACAGGAUACAUUUCAUUUAAUUCUUUCAUUUGAAAUAAUCAGUGAGAGUGUGGAAACAAGAGGAUAAAUUGAACUAUACAAUGUCAACUACUUGUAAAAUUAAAUUUCAUCCAGAUAAUUUGUUCUCCCCUGGUCAACAACUACAUGUGACAGUGCAACUAAAGUUGACAGAAGAAUUAAGAGUUCGUGGUAUUUACAUCCAAUUGUGUGGAAUAGCGCAUGUGUGGUUUGAUAUUGAUGAUUCUGGCCGUGCCGGAGACUAUGCAAACGAUGAGGAUGUUUUAGAUGUGAGAAAUUGUUUAGUGGAUGGAAAUGGUGAAACUCGGCUAUUGCCGAUGGGAACACAUGACUACAGUUUCACAUGCAUGUUACCCAGUGACUUACCAUCAUCAUUUUCAAGUACUCAUGGCCACAUAAAAUACUCUGCAAAUGUAAUCAUUCGCAUGCCAUUAUGGCCGGAUAAGAAAUUUGAAGAGAAAUUCACCAUUUACAGGAGGUCAGGAGUUUCAAAGCACAGUUCCUGUAUUUCGGCCCGUAUACCAACCGGUGGAUAUGUUUCUAAUCAAACUAUUAAUCUUCAAGUAUCUGUACGUAAUACAUAUCGUUCAUUACACCAUUUCGUUGUAUAUAUCAUGAGAAAAACCGUUUAUCAUCAUAUGUCGGCUCUGGGUGAAAAACGAAAAACUGAAUUAGAAAUGGAACUGAAACGGAGUGUGCCGAUUUGGCAAUGUGAACGAUAUACACAUGAAACUUUUCCUGCUAUAAAAUUCAGUUUGCCAAAGAUAAUUCCACCAACAGAUACUGAAACGAAUAAAUUCAUUAAAAUUAGUUACUUCAUUUCGAUAAAAGGCUUCAAAGAUUCAAGAGAAUACGACAUGAGAAAAGCUGUUAUAUCACUUGACUUACCAAUAACAAUAGGAACUAUACCAUUUAACGAUAGCACAUCAGCCAUGAGCAUUCAUUCUGGAACAAGAACCAAUUCCAGUGCCCCACCAAUUGCUGUAGUACAUAAUAUUCGGCCAUUGGAACCUCGGUUAAUGGAAUCUUCUCCAGCGUUUCCAGAUGAUGAUAUGGUAUCGAUUCGAACAUAUGCCAGUACACCACCUCCAUUCCCUGAUGAUGAUUUCGAUCUCCCAACUUACGAAGAGGCCAUGCUAAUGGAUGAUGAAAUUAACAUCAAUAUGCAUUGUAUUGAUGAUAGAUUCACCCAUGUUAAAUCAACGAAUGAACAACAACAGAAAAUCUAACUGACUCAUCAUUUGUGUUCCAUUUAUUCGAUUGACAGCUUUUAAUUUUAAAUGUUCUGUCAUUCUUUCAGAAUUAAGUUGCAAAAUCGAAGAGAAUUCUUUAGCAACCAGAAUACUACCUCAUUUAUUGAAAAAAAAAAAUACUCACUGUAUUUC